CAAAGCACCGGCAACAUGGCGUCUCUCAGCGAGUCCCUGACGACCAAACUCCCUCCUGUCAAAUUUCACUGUAGACAAGACAAGACAAGGCCAAAGAAGCCGCCACAACCUCCUACAGACGACACAGAAGGUGCAGGACCUCCCCGGAAGGUUCAGAGACCAGUUGAAGUUACGGCGUCCCCCGUAAUAGUGGAUUUUCGGAGACUUUUGCAGAGCUCGAAAAGUUGCAUCGAUGUGGUACCUGGGGUCCCAAACAAAGAUCUACUACAUGCUGUUGUGGCGCUGUACGAUGUGUCACUUCCUGACGUCGGAGAGGAAUUUCUUUAUGCGACCGUCUGUGCCAAGUGGUCCAAGACUAUCCUCGUGCUCAGGGACUCAGGAGAAGUAGUAGAGGAGCUGUGUAAGUCACAUCCUGUAGGAGGCAUCUCGGCCACCAGUAGUACUCAGGACUCAGGCAUAGCUGAGGGAGACACCGGGCAGCAGGGUGGGAGGGGGGCAGACCAGAAGAAAGAAGACGAAGACAAGAGAAGAUUUGCCGACGUCUUCAGUGACUCAGACUCAAGUGAGGGGUCCAGUAGUGAUUCAGAUGAGGAGGAAGACUUCUCAGCCGGUGCAGAUGACUUUGUUCAGAGAGUACGUGAGCGCAGGCAGCAGCGCAGACUGGGACAGGUCCAACCAGCACAAGGGAACCUGGGCAUCGAGUCCAGACUUCUCGCUUGUGCUACAUUUGAACGAUCCUACUGCAAAGGAGAGAAGGUAGUGCAGCUGCACCUGAUUGCUGUGAGAAGAAGAUAUCGCAAGUGGGGCAUGGGGAGGUAUCUGCUUAAGCAAGUGAAACACCCCCCUAUAGUGGGGACCUAUGACUACCUCAUUGUGCACGCUGACUCCUCCGCUACUGACUUCUUCGAGAGAUUCGGCUUUUCUGACGAUGUUGUUCUCAACAGUAGAUUCAAUGAAUUCAACGACCAGUGGACCAACACUACCAUGAUGUGUUACAUCCCACCCUAUGCAGGUCUGAAUGGCAUGUCUAGUGAUCCGGAGUUGGACCUGAAGGCAAUGGAGCUCGAAAUCAGGAAACUGAGAGAGAAGAGUCUGGAUGCGUACCAGUGCCAGAUGACUUGUGUUAUGAGGAUAAUGCAUGAAAUUGUUACACUACAAGCAAAGGUCAGUGCACAGGGAGAUAUCAUCCACACACUACAGGACAAGAAUGACCAGUUACAGAUGGACAAAGUGGCACAAGAUAAGCGGUUUCUUGACUACAAGUUGGGCGUCAUGAGAAACAUGUACGGAGCUGAAAGUAAACAAGCGGACAGCACAAACCAGAGCACAGGUGUUGAAGACACGUCAGGGUUGAACACGCUGGUGUCAGCUCUAGAGGAGGAGUUAGAGAAGAUACAACAUGCCCAGAACACAGGUGUCACUGUCGGGGGGCAGGAGACAGUCAGCAAAGUAUGGAUGGCAGACGCCAUUGAACAAGCUAUCAGCGAUAUCAACCGCCAAAUCUCCACGCUGAAAACGACGGUGUGGCUGGUGUCGCAAACCCCUCCGAGCUCGGGCGACCCCGGUCGCGUGAUCCAGGAUCUACAGGAGCUAGUCGCGUCCAAUCAGCAGUUCUUAAACAACCUGGAGCAGGCCGCCCUCAGUGGAACACAGGUGUCAGACAUGCCUCAGGAGCAGGGGACUGUGCAACAGCGCCACCUACAUGUAUCUCCUGCAGUACCGCCUGCUGCCUCGAAAGCAGCACAUGGCAGCAAGCCGUUAACACAACUUACAACAAGCACAGAAAUCAGGGGAAAAAAGGGCUCUACAUUCAUUUCAAAUAGCAUAAACACUAGGAUACCUAUGAAAGAAACAGAGGACUUUCUGUCCCAGCUGGCACAUACAGCGGAAUGGUGGCAGAUUGCUGAGGACUUCCGAUCAGGAAUGAAGAAAGAUUCUGAUAUAGAGGGCACAGUGGAGGUCACAAAUAUAACACCGGCAGAUCUGACCCCCUCAGCCCUGGAGAGUUUCCACACCUGGAGACAGAAGUUACAGGACCCCAGCCUGUGUAUGAAGCUGUACUUCUGUGGGGGACUGGAACAUCCCACAUCCAGGAUGAAAGAACUCAUCAAGUACGGCUUCACUGAACAGGAUUUCAGUCAUGGGACUUUUGGAGUUGGCCUGUACUUCUCUAAACACCCGUCCAAGGCGGCAAACUUCUGUCCACUGGGAAAGAUUCUGUUGGCAGAAGUGGUACUUGGGAAGACAGAGUCUGUAGUGAAGAAAAACCACACAAGGAGAACACCACCACAUGGCUUUGAUUCUGUUGUGACACCAGGACGCCUGCUGCCCUCUCCAUCUGGUGUUUCCAUGGUUACAAACCAGGAGUACCUGGUGUUCCAUCCCGACCAGGCAGUACCCGUCUGUCUGAUUGAGUACCAGAUCGUGGGGCAGUCAGAGACCAACGGACACAAGUAGUGCUGUGUUUUAGUUUGCUGGACCGGUUCCAGACUUGUAAAAAUGUUUGGGUCCAAGUCUGUAAAACCUAAAAGUCAAGAACAGAUUCCGGAUUUAUUCCAAAAAAGU